GCCAGAAAUAAGGAGCGUGUCUACACAAACGGGCUGGCAGACGAAACCAAGGAAACGACGUGAAAUACACCACCGACCCCCAGUGACUUCUUCGAAAGGACGGGUGCGGAUUUUAAACUAUUUUUGACUUCUCCCAUAGACAGUUUUGCGCCUAGGUGAACUCCUGCCAACACGAUUUUGGACCGUGCGUAAUUUGGAGAGUAUAUUACCACGCUGCGUCAGGAUGCGCAUCUGUCCACUGCUGGUCUUCCUCUGUCUACAGUGCGCUGGAGGCGUUCAGAAGUUCUCCGCUCUCAAGUUCCUGCGGGUGGAUCAGGAUAAGGAUUGCAACAUGGAAUGCAGCGGAGCUCCUCGCAAGCCCCUGUGCGCCUCCGAUGGCAGGACCUUCACAUCGCGCUGCGAGUACCUCCGAGCCAAGUGCCGCGACUCCCAGCUGGAGGUCAGCCGAGGGCCAUGCAAAGAUACAUCCAGAUGUGUAGCAGAGAAGAAGUACACAGAGCAGCAGGCCAAGAAGCUCUUCCCACAGGUCUUUGUGCCUGUUUGCAACCCUGAUGGCACGUACAGCGAGGUUCAGUGCCAUAGCUACACUGGAUACUGCUGGUGUGUUACCCCCAAUGGCCGGCCAAUCAGUGGCUCAGCAGUGGCCAAUAAGAAACCUCGAUGCCAAGGAUCAAAGCAGGAGAAGACAACUACAAGAGAGCCUGGUAAAUCAGAUGACACCGACCUAGUGAUCGAUCCUCAGCCUCCUGAACACGAAGAAGAUAGCAAUUCCCAGUACCCCACUCUGUGGACGGAGCAGGUUCGCAGCCGACAGAACAAUAGAACCAGAGCACCAUCCUCGUCAUGUGACCAGGAGAAGCUUUCUGCCCAAGAAGAGGCAAGGCAGCACAAGAACGACGCUGUAUUUGUACCAGACUGUGCCCAAGGAGGACUUUACAAGCCUGUCCAAUGCCACCCCUCUACUGGCUACUGCUGGUGUGUGCUUGUGGAUACUGGACGGCCCAUACCUGGGACCUCUACAAGGUAUGAACAGCCAAAAUGUGAUGGCAAUGCUAGGGCCCACCCAGCUAAACCCAAGGACCAUUAUAAAAGCAGACAUCUCCAAGGCUGUCCUGGGGCUAAGAAAACAGAGUUCCUGACAAGUGUUCUUGACGCGCUGUCGACAGACAUGGUGCACGCUGUCACAGAUCCAGCAUCUGCGGGAAGGGUGGCUGAGCCAGACCCCAGUCACACCCUGGAGGAGAGGGUUGUCCACUGGUAUUUCAGUCAGCUGGACAAAAACUCCAGUGGGGACAUUGGAAAGAAGGAGAUCAAGCCUUUCAAACGCUUCCUGCGCAAGAAGUCCAAGCCAAAGAAGUGUGUUAAGAAGUUCGUGGAGUACUGCGACAUCAGCAAUGACAAAGCACUGUCUCUGCAGGAGCUCAUGGGCUGCCUUGGGGUGACCAAGGAAGAAGGGUCCAUACCAGGAGAAGGCUUAACCAGUAAACUAAAUCCCUCAAAGAAGCAAGGCUAAGCCCUAAAAGAGUGAUUUCCCCUCUCAUCUGGAGAAUCCGCCCUCACCAAUCGGCAAAUGGAAACCAUAGUAUUUGCACUUUGUACUUUAAAAAAAAAAAUGUAAAUUCACUUUGUAGAAAUGAGGUAUUUAAACAGACUGCUGAAUCUGUGAAUUAUGUAGUUAGCUUUUUA